UUGCUCGUCUUCUCAACGGCUGAGCCACAACCGGGUGUCGAUAUGGCUGCUGCCAGCAACCUGCCGUCUGAAGACCAGUUCCUGUGCUCCGUCUGUCUGGAUGUGUUCACAGAUCCAGUCACAACACCAUGUGGACACAACUUCUGUAAAAAGUGCCUCAAUGAUUACUGGAAUACCAACAACCAGAACAUGUGUCCACUGUGUAAAAAGGUUUUCACCUCAAGACCUGAGCUGCUCGUCAACACCUUCAUCUGUGAGAUGGUUUCUCAGUUCAGACAGUCGACUCAGCAGAAAGCCAGCAGCAGCAGCUCAGAGCAACAAGAGAUGUGUCUGAAGCACGAUAAACCUCUGGAGCUGUUCUGUAGGACCGACCAGACGUGUGUCUGCAUGCUCUGCACUGUGUUGGACCACAAGAUGCACAAUGUUGUUCCUCUGAAACAAGAAUGUGAAGGAAAGAAGGUGGAGCUGCAGAAGACAGAGGCUGAAACUCAGGAGAUGAUCCAGAGGAGGCGCCUGAAGAUUCAGGAGGUCCAACACAACGUGAAGCUCAGUGAGGAAGAUGCAGACCGAGAGAAAGCAGAAGGUGUUCAGGUCUUCACUGGUCUGAAGGAGUCUGUGGAGAGGAAACUGAAGGAGCUCAUCACUACGAUAGAAGAGAAGCAGAGAAGCACCAAGAAACAGGCUGAAGGCGCCAUCAGAGAGAUGGAACAGGAGAUCUCUGAUCUGAUGAAGAGGAGCACUGAGGUGGAGCAGCUCUCCCUCUCUGAAGACCACCUCCACCUCCUCCAGAGUGUCCAGUCCCUCAACAUCCACCAUCCACCACCCACCAAGGACUGGUCUCAGGUCAGUGUUCCUCCAGCAUCACAUGAGGGGACUGUGAGGAGAGCUGUGUCUCAGCUGGAGGAGACGCUCAGUAACAUGAUGAAGACGCUGGUUGAAGUUGAGAUGAAGAGGUUCCAGAAGUUUGCAGUGGAUGUGACUCUUGAUCCUGAAACGGCUCAUCCUCGCCUCUUCCUCUCUGAUGACGGGAAACAAGUGAAACGUGGUGAUGUGAGGAAGAAUCUCCCCGACAACCCACAGAGAUUUACUUCGUGUUUUUAUGUUUUAGGAAAGCAAAGUUUCUCUUCUGGCAGAUUUUACUUUGAGGUUCUAGUUAAAGGAAAAACUUCCUGGACUUUAGGAGUGACCAGAGAGUCGGUCAACAGGAAGGAAUACAUCACACUGAGCCCUCAGAAUGGUUUCUGGACUAUAGAGUUGAUGAAUAGAAAUGUUUGCUACGCUCGUCAUGACCCUCCAGUUCUUCUCUCCCUGAAGUCUGUCCCUCAGAAGGUGGGGGUGUUUGUGGACUAUGAGGAGGGUCUGGUCUCCUUCUAUGACGUAGAAGCUGCAGCUCUCAUCUACUCCUUCACUGGCUGCUCCUUCAAGGAGAAGCUCCUCCCACUCUUCUCUCCUAGGUUUAAUUUUUUUGGGACAAACUCCUCUCCUCUGAUCAUCUCUCCGUGAAUCAAACUGCCUGAUUAUUUUAUCCAUGAUCAAAAGGUCCCUGAACAAUAAUGCAUCACCAUGAAUACAUAAACACAUGAAAGUAGUCUUCACGCGUCCGGUGUAUUUAUACACUAGACAGAAGUUUUAGUACUACAAUACUGAAUUAGAGACACAUUUUGAAAUAAAAAGACGUGUCAUCUGUGGUAAUAAAUGUACAUAUUUAGUAAUCUCUGAUGUGAACUUGUUUUCCUCUGAAUGUGUCGGUCGUCACUACAGGAGCCCAGAAGGGACACCAGCUCUGGAGAGAGCCAUUCGCCUUUUACAUGGUCUGAAGCUACGGGUGCGUUCAGGAACUACUGAUAAGCCCCGACAUUAGAACUCUGUAGAAAUCCACAACAGACCAUGUGGCUUUAAGAGAGAUUGCAUAACAUGUAUUCUACCUUUACUUUGAAACCUUUUAUUUCAUUGACUUUCUAUAUUGUCUGUAUUAGAUUUUGUUUUCAUGUUUUAAAUAAACAUCUUUCAAUGGCA